AUGUUCUGCAGCAACGAAAAGGAGGUGGCGCCGACAACACUGGGUGAAACGCGAGGUCGUGACACCUGCAAAGACGGGCUGGCGGGGGUAGACAUCAACAAUGCAGGUGUCAUCGUGAUUGACGAUCGUCCAGAUGGGCAGAUGGAUGAUGCAGCAGAAAACAACGACGAUUUUGAGGAAGUUCUGUCCAAAAAGAGCAAGAAACUUCGGCAACAGCAAAUCAAUGAACAGUUGGAAGCUGAGGAGCGACGCAAAAUGAAGGAAAAAGAGAAAAUUGAACGACGAAAGGCUCGGAUGCAAGCGAAGAGAUUGGAGAAAAAAGCAGCUGCUGCUUCAAAAGAUGAGCGCGGUAAUCCAGCAGGAGCAAUGCGCUCUACUGGUUCAGCUCAGGAUGCGGUCAAAAUUGGCCCCAUUGGCACGGGCAGCACCAUUGGAACCAAGGAUAUUGGCCAAGGCAUUGGACGUUCUGUUUUAGCGAGUGCCCAGAACACUCUCAAUACAACGGUCUGGAAUAGCUCGAUUUUACGAGAACAAACAAUGCAACCAUCACCGCCGGUCGAGAACCAUCCGGUGAUACCAUCACCAAUAGCUCGUCCGACACCGAAAACGAACAGCUCAUCCACUGCGACUUCAAAAGUAGUGACAACAGUGAAAAAGGAAAUUGAUUUAUGGACUGGUCCGGAUGAGGAGCAACGACUCCAAGUCACCGAAAAG